AUGGGCGGCUGGUGGGACGAUUUCUCCAAUAACCUUGCAACUGAUCUCUCACCCUUCAUUACACUUUUCGGGGAGGCUCCCACAAAGCAGUAUCUAAUUGAAUGUCUGUCACCAGUCGAUGCGGUCAUAUUUGCGAUUGCACCGUUGGGUGUCAUCACCGCGGUUGUAUCCGCAAUCCGUGUUACCGGGCCACCAUCCCUUCGAGCAUUCAUCGGGAGGCCACAGGAAGGAAGCGGAACGGCCGAGGCUGAGCCCUGCUCCUCCACAAGCCGGGAAGUGUGCGAGCUCUAUACCAACGGAGGGGGCAUAGCGCGAGUCCUGGGACACCCGAAACUCCUGGAGAUCGUUCAUAAGCAGCAAUAUUUCAAACAUGAAUUCAUGCGUAGCAUGUCCGCACCAGCAACUGCAGGGAUCUACCCCUUUGAGGAAUUUGUUGAAUGGUCGAAGGAAUGGAUCGAAGAACGCAGAAGGGAAACCCAUGUUGAAACCGGCACGGAGGCGCAAGAAGAACCUAAUGAAGGGAAGCUGUGCUUUGCCCCGAAUCCUAACCUGACAUUGAAUAUAGGGAUACGAUUUUAUCCGACAUGGGUGUUGGUUACUAUAGCUGGGGUAGGGGCUUUUCUGCAACUUGGUAUUCUCAUAUGGGUUGCGAUCGCUCGUUAUCGACUUGCAUGGACCCGGGGUGAUUUCCAGGAUUGCUAUGGGGUGCCCAGGCCUUUUGAGUACUGGGAUGGUCCGGUGCGCCCAACUGGUGGAAGGGAGCACGAAAGAACGCGUCUUUUCUCGAAGCUCGAGCUCGAGCGCCACAUCGCGACUUUACUGGGUCCAGCCGGUCAUCCCACCAAUCAAUCCGAUCGGUAUAUCACGUCUUGGAAAGACGCCGGAGUUGCGCCCAAAACUCUUGCUCUGGGAGGCGCUCUAGGCUCCACGGUCGUGGGCUUCGCAUUGCAAUUCCUUGGUCUCCGCGCCUGUCAUUCUACGGUUGCUGUCGCCCAGCUAACCCUCACACUGCUGAUGAGUAUGGUACGCUCAUGGCUGCGGAGCAGUCGUCUGGCUGAACGGGAAGUCUGCCUGGCCGACCAGCGGGAACUUCACGCAGGGCAUGAACUGGACUGGCUCGCCCUGUACAUAGGGCAUAUCGGCCUUCCAAGAUGCCAGAGAAAGUGGAUGGUUUCCCCACGGAGAUCUUACCAGAAUGUAGAAUCCGUGACCACCAGACUCGAGAAUAGCAGAUUGAUCCACACAUAUUUUGGCAACGAGAAAACAGUUGUGCUAUCUGGCUUUGGGGCCGUUAAGCGGGCAGACCGGUCUCCAUUCUUCAGCUCUGAAUGGCACGAUAAAUGGAAAGUUCCAGAGACGUGGCGGUUUCGCCAUCAUUUCCUCACCGACCAUCACUACAUAAGUGACAGGCCCGGGAUGGAGGAGACCGGCGCGGUAUUCCUAUAUCGGGCCCGACUGGCGCAACUGACGAAGGAUUGGGACGACCAGCUGGUCCGAGUGCGGUCUGCGGCGCCGUCGUUAGCACGAGCAAUUGAAGCUACUGCUAACUUGCUUUUUACUGCCGAUGACAUUGUGUUGGGGGAUGGAUGGGAUGCUCACUUUGUCAUACACUGGGCGGUCCCCUCGUCUGCCCGAGUUCCCACAGCACACCUGGGAAUCAUGUCGACAAGCCUCUUUAUCUACACCCAGGAACUGUUUUCUAUUUUCUUCGCCUCUAUCCUGCACAUGGUCCGUGACCUUGGGGGCACAACGGGCACAACCACAGAAACCGGAAAGAAUGAAGUCAGAAAUACAAACAUCAUCCAAAUACAAAAGGCUUUUGUCGACAAUGGCUUGGGGUCUGUUCACGAUGUGAUGACCUGUAUCUUUCCAGCUCUGAAGCGCCAGGGCAAGCUUCCCAAGGCGCGACGAAAAGCAGACUUGGGUUCCUAG